CCACGGGCGCUGCCCCCCAGCCCGAGGGGUGAGCCCAGCGCACCCCGCCAGGCACCCCUGCUCCGCGGGAGCCGGUUCCUUGGCAACAUCCUGAGGAAUCCGGCCGCCGGCUCCCCCUCCCUCCGCCCGUGGGGAGCAGGGGGCGGGGGCAGGCGGCUGCCAAGCUCCAUUAUAAAAACCUCCGAGCGCGGUGGCGGCGGCCGCGUGAGGGGACAGCGAGCACAGCGCCUGGACGCCGGCCGGCCGCGGGCUGCCCGUCCUCGCCCGGACGCCCCUGCCCUCGCCCGCCAUGGCCCCCUCGCCCCUCUCCUGGCUGCUCCGCCUGGCCGCCCUCUGCCAUCUGCCUGCGCUGCUGGCCGGACAACAUCUCGGAGUGAAGAAAUGCAGCAUCAUAUGCAACAGGAUGACCUCGGAGAUCCCCUCGGAGCUUCUGAUUGGUUAUCAGCGCAGCCAAGAAUCCUGCGGCAAGCGAGCCAUCAUCCUGGAGACCAAGAAGCACAAGCUCCUGUGCGCUGACCCCACCGAGAGAUGGGUCCAGAGAGCCAUGGAGCGCCUAGACCACCAGGCCGCCGCCCUCAUGCCCAAUGGCGGCACGUUCCAGAAGCAGAUCGGCCUCGGGGAGCUGGGGACCACCCUGGCCGCCAGGGGCACGCCCGGGUCGGCAGCCGCAGAGCCCAAAGGCCCAGGGGAUGACCGUGGCCAGGAGGGACACGUGGGCGCCUCCCCACCGCUGCCAACAAGAGCAGCUGAUUCCUGGGAGACCAGGCCCCCCUCUGCGGCCCAGGGCCCGGCCGGAGGCGCGUUUGCUGGGCCUGCUAGAACCCAGCUUCCCGGCCACGCAGCCCUCACCACCACAGCCGCCUCCCAGCCAGGCCCCGGGGUCUGGGCUGAGGGCAAAACCCCCGCUCCCCAGGCCACGCCCACCCAGAGCCCCUCUCCCCAGCUCCCCACGACUGCCCACACAGCCCCAGAGGACAGCUUCGGGCCAACCGGCCAGACAGCGGGGGCUCGGGACCCCUUGCCGGAAGGCUCCCUAGGGCCCCCGGAGGCGGGCCCCAUCUCGGCUCACCCCGACGUUUUCCUGGGGCCCGGCGGCAUACCCCACGUCUCGGCGGUCCCCAUCCCCGCCGAGUGGGACCCCAGCCGGGAGCCCGUGGCCUCGGGCAGCUGGGCCCCCAAGGCAGAGGAGCCCGUGCACGCCACGGUGGACCCCCAGCGGCUGGGCGUGCUCAUGACGCCCGUCCCUGACUCCCAGGUGGCCACCCGCAGGCAGGCCGUGGGGCUGCUGGCCUUCCUGGGCCUGCUCUUCUGCGUGGGCGUGGCCAUGUUCGCCUACCAGAGCCUGCAGGGCUGCCCCCGCAAGGUGGCCGGGGACGUGGUGGAGGGGCUCCGCUACGUGCCGCGGAGCUGCGGCAGCAACUCCUACGUGCUGGUGCCCGUGUGAGGGCCCGCCCCCAGCUUCACGCCCGCUCCCCGCCCAGGGCCUGCCCCGGGGCAGGGAUGGUGCGAGCCCGGAGGCAGUCCCCCCCCAAGGCAGGGGGGCUGCGCCCAGCUCCCGGGGACCCCCGUUGACCUCCUAGGACAGAGCCGCCCCCCCCCCGGCGGCUUCCUGUCCUCACACCGGAAACCCUCCUCUGCUGCUGGCUGGUCAGAGGGUCCCCUAGACCCCGCCCCCACUUAUUUAUUGAAUGCCUCAUCCCUCCCACCCACACCCCCAGGCGGGCAUCCAGCACCCCCACCCCUGCACCCCACCCCCACCGGGGGCCUCAGGCCCCUGCACCUCCUCAUCCUCAUCGUGUUUCUUGGUUCACCCCCCACCCCCACCCCGCGGUGCUAUCCACCCCCACCCUGUACAGAGCCCGCUCCCCAGCCGGACCCCCUUUUCUUGCAUGAGGCUAGUGUGAUGUUUCUUGGGGGCCUGCUUCCGGCCCAGCUCCCGCCCCAGCGGGGGGAGCAGGUGCUGCCUCCAGCCCUCGGUGUGUGCCUUCCCUCCGCGGGGGGGACGCUGGGGGCCGCGCCCAGCCCCUCGCUGCCCCACCAGUCUUCCUACAUCUGGGUCCCCGACGACGGGGAGAGGAGAGCGGGUGGGCAGGCAGGGGGGACGCGCCGGGCCCGCCCCACAGCAGGGCAGACCCCUCUGCCCACUCUUCCCCCACCCGUGGAGGGCAGCCUUGGUGCCGCCCCUCCUUAGCCCGGCCGCAGUGACCGCCAAGGGUCCCCGGGAGCGGUUUGGGGGCACAGGUCCUGCCCUGCUAAGAGGGCCCCCCCCAGGUGGUAGCGCAGAGGCGGGCAGGGCUCGGGACUUGAGGGACAGAGACCAACUUUGAACACACCCUGCGCGUGCCCGCCGGCAGCCAGAGAUGAGUCCCCGUGCCAGGCCCCGCGGGCAGCAGCCACUCGCCGCCCUGUCCCAGGCACCCCAAGACCUGCCUUGGCUCUCUCUUCCCUGUGGCCUGGGGUUCCCUCCCCGCUCCCUGAAAAUGCUGUUCUCGGGGUCCCAGAGCGCCUCCCCUGGCCCCACUGCAGCUGUGCCAGGGGCUUCCGGGCCCUGACCAGGAGCUGGAACCCACUGCUGACACCGAGGUUCCUGGCGGCUCCUGAGGGGCCUGUUUCCCCCGCACCCCCCAGAUGGGAAGUUGUGGGCCUCCCGUCGUGGCUUUCCGUCGUGACGACUGAUGACUCCCUAACGUGACUGGGAAGGCGCCCCAGGGCCGCUCUCGUGCCCCCGGCCUGUGGGAGCUGACCUUGCCCUCCGCCCCAGGGGUCUCUGCAGAGGGAUGACCACCAGGGAAGCGGGCCCAGCCCUCCCCCGCCAGGCACCUCCUGCUGGACACAGUUUGGGAUGUCCGGGUCUGGCUCCGGAGGGGGUCCGAGGUGGCUCCCGUGGGGAGCGGGAAGAGCAGGUCUGAGAUUAUUUGGGGGGCUCUUUCAGCCUAGGAGAGCCUUCCCGAGGCAGGGCCCCCGCCACGGGGCUCCUCCUGAGGGAGAGCUGAGGGCAGCAGCCCCCCGAGGGGGGCUCUGAGAUCCCCCCGGGCAAACACGGGCGAGGGCGGUCUGGGAGCACUUCGGAAGGAAUUGGUUCAUCCUUUUGCUUUUCCAACCCUAUCACCAAUGUCUGUGCCAUUUUGUAUUUUACUAAUAAAAUGGAAAAGUCUUGUGAAUCAAA